AAAACAUUUAAAUAUAUAUCAACCCCACCAAAAUUAUCAUAAGUCAUAACCCUAUUUAUUUUUGUAAUAAAUUUCCAUUGAUAUUGUCAUUUCUUCUUUGAGUUUCUUUCUUCUCUUUCUUUGUUCUUCAAUGGGGCGCAUAACAAUUCUUAGAGACUUGAUAAGAAUUAUCAGAGACAAAGCUUCUCAAAGCAAAGCAGCUUUGGUUUCCGAUCCCAGAACCAUGUCUCUCCACCUAGCCCUACUAAGAGCCACCACCCAUGACCCUGACACGCCACCCGACCCAAGGCACUUGGCGGAUCUGCUUUCUGUCGGUCAUAGCUCACGCGCCACCGCCUCCACCGUAAUCGAGGCCCUCAUGGACCGCCUCCAAACCACCCGUGAUGCCUCCGUUGCCAUCAAAUGUCUCAUCACGGUUCAUCACAUCAUUAAACGUGGCAGCUUUAUUCUUCAAGAUCAACUUUCUGUUUACCCUUCCACUGGUGGCAAAAACUACCUUAAACUAUCGAAUUUCAGAGAUAAUACGACAUCGCUGACAUGGGAACUUUCUUCUUGGGUUAGAUGGUAUGCUUUAUACCUUGAAAAUCUGCUGUCAACUUCAAGGGUUUUAGGGUAUUUUCUAUGUUCAACUUCAAGCAGUGUAGAUAUAGAUAAAGAAGAAGGGAAAGUAUCAUCACUUAUAAACAGUGAAUUACUUAAAGAAAUCAACUCGUUGGUGAAUUUGCUCGAACAUAGUUCCAAAAGGGCCGAUUCUCUACAUGCUAAUGGCAACAUAUUGGUGGAUGAGGUCAUAAGAUUGGUGGGUGAAGACUAUUUGUCAUCAAUCAACGAGGUUUCAGUUCGUGUCAGUGAGCUUAGGGAGAGACUGAGUUGUUUGAGCUUGGUUGACUCGGUUGAGUUGGUGUGUGCUUUGAAGAGAUUGGAGGAUUGUAAAGAGAGGUUGUUAGAACUCUGUGAGAGGAAGAAAGAGUUGAUUGAGACUGUUUGGGGUUCAAUAAGAGAAAUAAGGGAUCAAGUUGGGAACGUUAAAGUUUAUACAGAAGAAAGAAGAUUGUUGACUAUGGGGAGCAGGAACAAGGGUAGCGAGUCAGCUCGGUUUGGAGAGCGAGUUUUGAAGCACGGUGGCUCAGUUAAGUUCUCUUCGGGGAGGCUUCUAAGCUUGAAUAACUUUUCUUUUGUAAGUAAUGAGUCGGUUGAAUCAUUGAUUGAUGCCUGAUGAUGGGAAUUGUAAAUUCUACAGCAUAAAGUAUAAACCAAUUUAAUGAGAUUGUAUGUGUUUCGGAGUUCCAAUUGUUUGCUAUUGCUCUUUUAUUUUUGCUCCUUCUAAUCAUCUAUCUAGCCAUCUAAUUAAAUUGUUUUUUGCAAAUGAAAUCUAUAAAAGAUGGAAAUGAUGUUAGUUAGGUGAAGAAUGAUUCAAAUUGAUUUUUUUUAUAUAUAUAAAUAGACAAAUUCGAUGAAAAUUAUGCACCAAUUAAAUUGAAUAAAAUAUUCGAUGCUCAAAUUCAAUUCUCUUUGAAGUAAAUCAUAUAUGUAAUUAUCAUAAAGUUAAAAUA